AUGGCUAAUGAUCGAGAAGUUUUAAGAGAAGUAUGGGAAGGAAAGCUGCCAAUAUGUUUUAAACUGGACAAUGAUGAAGUAGUUGACAUUCAACAACCGGAUCCUUUUUAUUUGAUGGUGCCUAGAUUAAGUUAUUUCCCCUUGGUCACAGACAAAGUAAAAAAACAUUUUUCCAAAUAUGUUUCAAAAGAAUUGCAAGACCAAGAAAUGUGGAUGGAAUUUAAUGGACAGCCUUUGAAAUGGCAGUAUCCCAUUGGAGUUUUGUCUGAUUUACUUAGGGGACCUGAAGAUCAUUUACCAUGGUCCAUUACAGUACAUUUUGAUAAGUUUCCUGAAUUGGUCAUAUACAAAUUUAGUAAUAAGGAGACUAUUGAGGCUUAUUUUAUGUCUUGUUUGAAAGAGGCUGAUGUAUUAAAGCACAGGGGUCUCAUUGCAAGUGGUAUGCAGAAAAAGGACCACAAUCAACUUUGGUUGGGCUUACAAAAUGAUAAAUUUGAUCAAUUCUGGGCUGUAAAUAGAAAGUUAAUGGAAAUUACAGCGGACCAAGAAAGUUUUAAGUACAUUCCUUUUCGAUGUUACACUGAUGAUGGUUAUAGACAAAAGUUGAUUAAACCAUUAGGAGAAGAUGGUAGAAAAAAGACUUUGGAAGAUUUACUCAAUGAAAUGUUUCCUGGAAGAAGUAGCAUAAAUGUAAAGAUACAUGGCAUGAAUCCUCCACUGGAAACUCCCUUGCAAUGGAUGUCAGAGCACCUAAGUUAUCCAGACAACUUUUUGCAUUUUGUUGUGCAACUUGAGUCUUAG